GCUCGCAGCCUAACCACACCUUACUAUCAGAAAGAUAACUGUCAAAACCCCCAGAAUCACCCAAAUGUUUCCAAACGGAGGCAUCAGGUCGCUUCAACUGCACACAAAAUUGCAGUCAUGUUCUCAGCUUUACAAGUUAUUCCCGUACUCCUCUGUUGCACACUGGGUGAAGCAAUUACCGGCGGAAGCCGCGCAGCAGUAUCAGAUUUUCCAUAUCAAAUCUCCAUUUGGGACUCUAUUGGACACCCGUUUUGUGGUGGCGCGAUCAUUUCGAGUCGUUGGAUUAUCACCUCAGCAACAUGCGCCAAAGUGCUUGAAAAUCAAUUUGACGGCAAAAUUGCAGAUGGAACUCCAGAUGCCUCUAAGCCUAGAACAAUUAGAGCAAUAUCAGAAAAAGUUAUCCACCCUGAUUACAACUCUCCCCCAGGCAAUGCCAACAUUGCACUCAUUAAAGUCGCCACUGACUUUUAUUUUGACUUCUAUACUCAAGCCGUGACUUUCAAUAACAAAACCAGUCCCGUGCCAGGGGACGAGGGUUUCGUAGCUGGCUGGGGUGCUCUUCACUACAACGGACCCGAUUCUGAUGAGCUAAUGUACGCGAGGAUGACCGUGAUUGAGCACUCCGAGUGCAAAGCAAGUUUGGAGGGAAAUUAUCAAUUGAAUGCCGAUCAAUUUUGCGCCGGCCAAAUUGGAGCAGGCAUAUCUACUUGCACCAGGGACUCUGGCAGUCCGAUGACCGCAGACAACGUCCUCAUUGGACUGGUCGCUAAUAAUUAUUGUUCCUACAAUGGCUUUCCCACGCCCUUUACUAAGGUUGGACACUACAGGGAUUGGAUCCUCUCUGUGGCCGGAGUCUGAAAUUUAUUCUAAUAAUUUUGUCGUUUAAUAGAUGAAAUAUGUAUGAAAAUUUCCAUUCAAAAGAGAAUAUUGUUGGAAAAAAGGGCACAACCUUCAAUGUAGAUUUAAUAUUCAACAUAAAAAGAGACAUCAAUAAAAACCUUUUGCAACUAAAAAAAGCAGACCUUUUUAAAAGUAAAAUUAUUAUUCAUUGUAUAUUUAAAUAUUAUUAAUUAUUAUUUUAUUUUUGGAACAAUUACUUGCUAAUUUUCAAUAAAAACACCUUUGUGGUUA